CUGAUAAAGGAAGUAUUUAAACACUUCCUCUUUAUUUAUUUAUUUAUUUAUUUAUUUAUUUCCCUAAGAACUGCAACAGACUUACAGAAUAUCCAUCUUAACCCACACACACACACACACACACACACACAGAGAGAGAGAGAGAGAGAGAGAGAGAGAGGGACAAUGGUGUGUAUUCUGAUUAUCGCUCUGCUCCUAUCAGAGGGCUAUUGUACAAUGAAUAUGGACCGAUACUGGCUGUCCUGGAAGGAAAAAUUCAAUAAGACAUACGACAGCGCAGUUGAGGAAAUGUUCAGAAAAUAUAUUUGGCAGCAGAAUGUUGUGGAGGUGAUGAAGCACAAUAAAGAACGGCACAGCUUCACUAUGGGGACCAAUCACCUUUCAGACAUGACAGCAGAAGAGAUUAAUGCUCAGCUGAACGGACUGAGGAUGGAGAACAUUCCUCUGGAUGUUAAUAAGAACCUCUUGGAGCUGAGUGACUCCCUAAUCCCAGACAGACUGGACUGGACUGAAAAGGGCCUGGUCAGCCCUGUGCAGAACCAGGGUAUGUGUGGAUCGUGCUGGGCGUUCAGUGCAGUGGGAGCGUUAGAAGCUCAGAUGAUGAAGGAGACCCAUCAGCUGGUUCCUCUAAGCGCGCAGAACCUGGUGGACUGCAGCGUGACGGAGGGGAACCAUGGCUGUAGAGGAGGAUUCAUGACCAACGCCUUCAGUUACAUCAUCCACAACAAAGGAAUCGACUCGGACGCCUUCUACCCUUAUCAACACAAGGAGGGGUUGUGUCGUUACUCUCCUGAAGGCCGAGCCGGCUUCUGCUCCAGCUUCAGGACGCUCCCUCACGCUAAUGAAUCUGUGCUGCUGAACGCGGUGGCUCAGAUCGGACCGGUUUCUGUCGGAGUUAACGCCAAACUAGCCUCGUUCCACAGAUACAGGAGCGGUAUUUAUGCUGAUCCUCUGUGUGACCCGCGGACGGUGAAUCACGCUGUACUAGUGGUAGGAUACGGAACUGAAAAAGGACAGGAUUACUGGCUGGUCAAAAACAGUUGGGGUGCAGCUUGGGGAGAGAAGGGUUACAUCCGGAUGGCAAGAAACAGAAAUCAGUGUGGAAUCGCCAACUUUGCGGUGGUCCCAGUUGUGUGAACUCUACUGUCACUCUCUCUGUACCGCUAUAAUACAAUUCUCUAUUCACAGUAGGGGUGUUGCACUGCCCUCUGGUGGUGAAGUGGUGAAGCAGUACUCUUACAGGAGUAAAGAAGUACAGUGGAACCUUGGAUUGUGAGCAACUCUGUAGGUCUGUGAGCAUUUUGCAAGACAAGCAAAAUUCUAAAAUAAAUUUGAACUUAAUAAACGAGCGAUGUCUUGAGAUAAGAGUAGUACGCAUGCAUUGUACUGUUUACUAUAACACUGUGACCACGUGUGUGUGUGUGUGUGUGUGUGUGUGUGUGUGUGUGUUUAUGCACAUGCAUGUAUGUUUGUGUGUGAAAGUCAUCCUACACUGUAGCCCCCUCCAUUCUCCUUCUCUUUGAGUUUCCAUUAUUUCUUAUGAAGAAAAUUCACUUUGAUAUGCAAGCACGCCUCCGGAAUGAAUUAUGCUCACAGUCCAAGGUUUAACUGUACAUACUUUAUAUUCAUACUUGUAUCUUGUGUGCCUUUUUUGUUGAUCAUUGAUACUGAAUCCCACAUUCAUCAUUCUCUGGUUUUAACAUGCUUUUAAGGUAAACAUCAACUUUAAACAUGUAUCUUACAAAAGCAUUAAAAUAAACAAUUAUUAUUAAAAACC